AUGGCUAAGGCGCAACUAUGUAACCGUUCCGCAGAGGAACCCCCUCGGUGGGGUGUCGACACAGACCGUAUUGUACUGGAGGUUCGACACUGGAUAGCUGCUUUUAUACAAGCCAAGAACAAUGUAUCUGAAAAAGAGAAAAAACGCGUUCCUUCAGAGGCAGUGGAGGACACCGCACAGCUAUCACUAGAGCCUGCACCAUCAUCAUCAUCAUCAUCAUCAUCACGCACGCGGCGGUCUUCGCUAGUUCGGCCAGGGGGUUCUUCAUAUGCACCCUAUCCCAGACCGUCGAAACGCCCUAGACGUGAUUCCCCGCUUGUGAUUGGGGGAAAUUCAACAGCACAAAGCAGCCUAUCUACGAGUAGAGUACACUCAGGCGACUCGAGCACAUCGGAUACCUUUUCUUUCACAUCUCUCGUGGAUGACGAAUCAGAAGGACACUUUUCCCAAUCAGCAAUUAACCAGCCUAAAACCCCAAGGGGAAACACUCCGCAGUGUCGAUCGCGCACUCGAUCUCCUCAAGAAAGUCCAGGAGUCACGUCUACAGCGAAUGUCAAUCUGCCCAAUGACGCCUCCGCCAAUAUCGUAAGAUCAGACACGGCUAACAACAACAAGAACUUUGAUGUCGACGAAGAAAGUCUUUCUGCGGCCAAUCAAAUGAAGCAGAAGCUGCAACUCGACCUUACUCGUCUCCUGAAUAGUGAACCAGAAUGCACUGGCAUACUACAUGAGGUCAUACCAGUCACGAAGCAGCUUUACACGAUAUGCUCUCACAAACCCGGGAGCACUUCGGAGGCUCAGUUGGAUGAGUUGUAUCGAGCAUUGAUUCAUUGGGAAAAAUUCCUCGAAAAGCUGGAAGUUUCCUCUAGUGUCGCACCGUUGCCCUUUGAGGAUUUCGUUCAAAAGCUUACCGAUCCAGUGACCUUUAAGGAUCGUGUAUCUAUGUUUCAUGAUGGCUUCCUAGGUUCAUGUAUAGGUGUUCUUCCUGAUAUACUGCCUCUUUGCCUUGCUUUAUUUUUCGAAGGUCUUUUGGGCGAUGCUUACAUGCCUUUCCCAUUCAAGGAUCUAAUGGUUAAGCUGAGUGCUUUCAAUAGAUCAUUGUAUAACACCACCUCUAGUAGCGAGUAG